GACGCCUAUACUACCUACAGAUCAAGACUAUCACCAAUUCAGCGUUACAGUUUCACUGGCUUAUUAUUAGGGCACGAGAGUAACAGGUGAAGAAGAACACGAAAGAUGCAUUCAUUCGGUUUCAGAGCCAAUGCUCUCCUCACAUUUUCCCUAACAAUUCUCGCUCUCAUGUGCGCAAUCGCUUCAAUUUCCGAUAAUCUCAACUCUCCGUCACCUACUGCAACUGUUCAGAUCUUGAAUGUCAAUCGGUUUCAGAAGAAAUCAACCGGAGAUGACGAGGUUGGAUUUACACUAGAUAUAUCUGCAGACCUACAGUCACUAUUCACAUGGAAUACCAAGCAGGUUUUUGUAUUUUUAGCUGCUGAAUAUAGCACUCCAAAGAAUUCCCUGAAUCAGGUUUCAUUGUGGGAUCGUAUCAUACCAGCAAGAGAAGAUGCAAAAUUUUCUACAAAAAUUAAGAACAAGUACAGGUUCAUUGAUCAGGGAAGCAACCUUAGAGGGAGAGAUUUUAAUAUGACUUUGCAUUGGCAUGUGAUGCCAAAAACUGGCAAAAUGUUUGCAGACAAGUUGGUCCUGCCCGGUUAUCGCUUGCCUGAGUCAUACAGAUAAUGUGGAUAGCGCAUGAUUGACAAACGACAAUAGAUGAUUGUUUUCUGUUUUCUUAAACUAGACAAACAACGAGAACGUAAUCUUAUGUUUUACUGUUAUAGUCGGGCAAACAUGAUCGUCUAAUUUACUUCUACCUUUUUAGCCUGCUAA